GCUGCUGCUAGACGACGAUGGCGGUGAUGUUGAUGAUAAUAGGGAGAAGAUAGAGACAGCAGACGACCGAGUCGUAUUGGAUGUACGCCAGCGUGAGCGCGAGCGCCAAAGUCCCGGCGUCGACGUCGUCGUCGUCGCUCUCUCUGUGUGUGCUGGCUGGCUGAUUGGUCUGAACUUCCGUUCCGUCCGUAGUUCUUCUUGUCGUUUGCUUGCUUGCUUUGCCUGCCUAACUGCUUGCUUGGCUGUCUGCCUCUGCCUGCCGCCUGCCUGCUUGCCUUCUCCAGAUCGAUUUUCUCCUGGCCCUGGUUACAUUUAUACCUCAAUGCCCAGGUCUACGGGCUAGCAUGUCCGUGCCGUCGAUGGUACAUCGAUCUGGAGAUACCCUAGUUGUGCGCAGCGUCGUUAGUGGUGACGCACUGUACGGCUCCGGUGACGACGUAGACAACAGUGAUUCCUGUCCACCCGAGGACAAUAACAAAUCAUCACUAUCACCGCCCUCGGCUAACGUCUCCGACAAAGAUUUGCCCGAGUGCAAGGUCAAACGAAACUACAGCUGCGGCCACUGCGAGUUCUUCACCCAGAACCCCCGGAGCUAUCUCUACCACCUGCGGGACAUCCACAGCGAGAAAAUCCGAAUUUACGCAUGCCCCAAAUGCGUAUAUGCUUCUAAACACUUCCAGAAGCUCCUGAGACACACAAAAAUGGUACAUGGUGGCUCCGCUGCCGAUUCGGAAACGUUCCGAAAGAAGCGACCACCGCCGCAACCAGUUUGCGAGGGUAAUGAUGAGUCGAACGAGAGCCAUACGUCGACCGAAGAAUCUCAGCAUAUCCCCGACGAAGAUGUCACCCACGAAACGAAGCUCGGUUUAAAAUGCACCGUUUGCUCGUUCGUAGCCAAAACUCACGUGCAGCUGAACAAGCACGAGAAAGAGGAACACAUCAAAACUCGAUUCUUCCGGUGCUCCAAGUGUACCUACGUUACCCACAUGAAGGCCAGAUAUACAAAACAUGUGAAGUACCACUCGAUGCCGAUGAUUAAGUGUGAUAUGUGCGACUUCCGCACACCCUACAAGUGGAAUCUCGACAGGCAUUGCAAGAAUCACAACGGGAAGGGUGCCUUCCGAUGUUCCGCUUGUAACUUUACCGCCGACAUCAAACAGAGCCUUACCGUACAUGAGAUGAAUCAUCACGUGCCGCCCGUGGGCCACGUGGCUGUGCUUGGGGGCGGAAGGCGGCGCAACAAAGUUGGUGCCAGCGACACCACAGCCGCUGAGGAAGCAGCAGCGGCGGCCGUAACCACCGCUCUCCAGGUGCAGCUCGAGCCAGAACAGUGCGAGGCGCAGCCAAGUGGCGAACGGAAAACGGUGCACAACAAGCUAAAAAUACCGGCGAAGAAACUUAAGAGCGGCCAGGAAAAUAUAGAAGGAGAUUUCGUUCAUCCGGACGACAUAAUCCAGCACGCGAAUGGAAAUGUUUACAUCAAAUCCAAGUGCAAACGGUGUAACUACAAGACAGCUUGGGAUAUUGAGAUGGCCCGCCACGAAGAACGCGUCCACGGGCAGUCACUGAACCCCAUUCCGCUACCUACACUGAAGAGAAAACCAGCCCGUCCGGUGCCCAACUUGAUCCCUAUCAAACAACCCAAAACAGAAAUCAUGUCCCAGAAGGAUAUGAACGAAAUAUGUGCUCGCUCACGGAAUAGCGCGCUCAAAGAUUUCGCUAAGCUCUUCAACAGUGAAGAUAUGCUGAAGCAGUUUACCAAAGUGCCUGAAGAAUCAUCACUCCCAAAGCAACACAAAAUACCUCACAAAAAACAGUCUAGUUUUUUUGACAGCCUCAAAGAGAAACUACCUGGCGAAGCGGAAGACCUAAAGUGUCGCUUAUGUGGCUACGAAAGUAAAUGCCUUACUGAAUACAGUAGCCACCAGAAAACCUGCGGAAAAGAAUCGCCGGCAACGAUGGGCAUUACCUCAAUGCACAAACUUACGUCCACCAGAUGUCAAUAUUGCAGACAACGCUGCAAGUCUUCGAUGUACCUCAUGAUGCAUCUAAAAAGUUGCCCCCAAGCCAUUAAAUACUUCUCUUCGGUUAAGGCAGAAGAGGAGGAAGAGGACGAGGAGGAGGAAGAAAUCGCGGACGAUGAUGAAGUUAACAAUUUGGGAAUUGUGACUGAAGAAGAGAACAGUAGGAGCAGUGAUAAAGAACCGCAUCCAAUGGAAAAUAGAGUUUUCGUAUGGAAUACAAAUAUGGUAUAUCAACCGAUGGAUGCGGAAAUGGAAGAUACCAACAAUUAUGAGUCCGUCGAUGAGAAGCAAGAGGAUUACAUAGAUUUAUCGACACGCACGCAAUCACCGAGCAGCGAAUGCAGUGUCGUCGAAAUGCUACAAAGCACCACUCCAAUUCCACCUCCGAUAACUACCACACCAACCCCUAUGCCAACGCCCACCCCAACUACCGACAAAAUUCCUACCCACGGUAACGACAUAUCCGUGGCACAACAUAAGCGCGUGUUCAAAUGUCCGCAUUGCACGUUUUGGGCAUCCACAGCAUCGCGGUUCCACGUACACAUCGUCGGUCAUUUGAACAAGAAGCCUUUCGAAUGUUCUCUCUGUUCUUAUCGCUCAAACUGGCGAUGGGACAUCACCAAACACAUCAAACUAAAAUCUGUAAGGGAUCCGGCUCACGAGAGCGCAAAAGUAUUGAUGACCGACGAAACUGGACGACGCAAUUACACAAAAUACAACAAAUACCUAACCGAAAUCCAUGUAAAUGGUGGCCAGGAUAAUCAAGAGACCAGUGGUGGUAUGGGUACCAGGCCUAGACAACAGCAGCAGCAAGAUUUGCCCAAAGUUGGAAGAGCUCCGAGCACGCAUGAUUUUAGUUCCUUACUGGUCAGCAAUAAAGGUUUGCGACCUCCGCCGCCUCUCAAACCAGCAGACGAAUUCUUUCAAAAGUUUUCUUCUGAAAAGAAGCAGCGCAUUAGUGGAAACGGCAACGAUGGCAAGAAGACGUUGUGGCAAUGCAAGAAAUGCAAUUUCCGGGAUCCUUGCAAGGACAAGCUACUGGCACACGUUCGAAGCCAUUAUACACAAACAACAACGAGCUCUUCAAGUCCGUCCUCCGGUGCGGGUAGUCCAUAUGCAUCUGGAGGUAGCGGAGGUGUGUUAGCCGGCAUCGGGAGCUUAAGAUAUUCAGGUGGUCCCAUGACUAUCGGAGACUUCGAUACUGAGGCAAGUGUCGGAGGUGGUGGAACCACGCGGGGGCAAGCGCCCUUCCGUUGUGGCCACUGCCACCAGGUUUCUAACUGGAAGCAUGUCAUACAGCGCCACUGUCGUUUGAAGCACAGCGGCGACAUCAAGGUAAUAGUUGGUUCUAAACAACACCAACAUUCAGAUAAGGUGUUCGAGAGCACGACAGAUACGUCUUUCGAGGAACCCGAAGAUGUUCAACAAAUAGGUUCUAAUAAGUGCCCUCAUUGUCCGUUUUCUAACGAAGAUCCUGACGAAUUUCACAUUCAUAUGGAAGGGCACAGCAGUAACCGGAAUACGCCCUGGCGUUGUCUAUACUGCAAUUAUGCAGUUAACCAGAAAGAAGAUCUAUUUCAGCAUCUUAAGCUACACGGUAUUACAAGUCCCAGUGAAUUCUUGCACAAGAUUGAAAAACAACAGCAACCCCCGGCAGAAUCGGAGCCAACGAAACGCUACAAGUGCAUUAUAUGCCCUUACGUAACUAACAGCAAAUCUCAAUUCACUUACCACAAACAAUUCCAUAAACCUAAUGGCCAAUACACUUGUACUGAAUGCAGCUACAACGUUAGCAAGAGGCAUUUGUUGCACCAGCAUAUGAAAGUUCACGGCAUAAACAUUUCGCCGCAGAAGCAAAACGGAGAAACCAUUGAACUGGAAGAAAUAUCUGAUGAAAUCGAGGAGAUUCAUCCCAACCACUAUGAAUGGCAAAAUUUACCAGAAAUUCCUCUUGUCUGGGUAUCCAAGAGCAACAAAUUUUCUAAGAUGUAUAAGUGUCGAUAUUGUCCUCAUGUUAAUUUAAGGAAGGUCAACAUCCAGGAGCACGAAAAAAUGCACGGAUUGCGAGAGAAGAAUCCUUCUAAAGGAAAUGAAACUGAGCAUAAGUGCGUAGAGUGCAAUUACGUUUGUAAUAAUGCCGGAGUUCUAUCGUCGCACAGUAAAGUUCACCAAGGGUACUAUGGUAUGGUUCACGGAAUAGUAGAUAAUACUAGAAGCGAUGAUGAACAAAUCAAAGAGAUGGAACACGGAAAUAUUAUUAACGAUGAAAACGAGAGCGAAUCCAUGAUGCAGCAGCAGGAGGAGCAUUUGUAUUUUUGUUCAAAAUGUCCAGCGCGAUUUUUGAAAGAAAACGAAUACGAAAUUCAUGUUGGCUUUCAUGGUGCUCGAUUGGCCCAUCGCUGUGAAUCCUGCACAUACACAGCACGCCAAAAACCGCAUCUACUGGCACAUGCCAAAGUACAUACUAAUGAAUACCAAGAGCGUACCAAUACUUUAUUGGCGACUUAUAGUGUUCAUCCAGAUACACCGAAGCCAGAACUAAUGAUUUCGCCGCAAACAGAUGUAUGGAUAAUCGCAAAUCUGGAUGAAUCUGUUUCAGACGUUGAAAUGGAUAUAGAAUAUUCAUAUAGCAAGAGUAGACAUGUCCCUCUGUCUGGAACCGAGCUGUUCCAACAAAAAUCCGAGGCAGAAGCAAAUGAAAAACUCCAGCCGGAAACUAGUCAACAAGCAAGGAACGGCAAUCCCCAGUUCAAUUACCCGUCGUACCUGAAGAAUGGUAAACUGAAAGAAAAGCGCUAUAAAUGUCCGAAGUGUCCUUCCGUCUUUGAGAAGCGUGAACAGUUAAAUGUCCAUCAGAAACUGCACGGCUCGGAUUCGCAGUAUAAGUGCACUAUAUGCGAUUAUUCCGUUAAAUAUUAUGCUAACUUUCAACAGCACCAGAAAAACCAUAAUCAGGAAUUGGUUAACCAUGAAAACGAAGAGGAGUCUAAAGCCUCAAAUCACAUGGAUGACAAGAAGCAGAUGCUGUCGUGUUCAAUGUGCCCGUUUAGCUGUCAGCAGAAGGAUGAAUUGGACGAUCACCAGAAGGGACACAUCGCAAUAUCUGGCAUAUCAAGCUUAUUUACCUGCGAGCACUGUGAUUAUUCUGUAGAGCAUAUACAAUCAUUGAAGGAUCACAGAAAGGUGCAUUUCAUGCAAAACAAAACGAUCGGUCCGGAAGCAUUCAUGGUUUGCGAUCAAUUAAAGCUAACCGCCAAAACAUCCGACGAUGAUGACGAAGAUGAUGUGAUCUACGAAGGCGGAGACAACGACGGGACGAUCAGUUUGAACUUAAACAAUAAUGAGGGUGAAAAGGUGUUUGUGAAUACACUAACCGGUGAUAUGGUCAAUGUGAAGACCGAGUUUGACAGUUAACUUACAGUACAAGUCAGCAGGUUUUCAUUUUUUUUUUAAGAGAAAAGUUUACAGUAAUAUUAUUUAAUUCCAAUAUAAUUACCAAUUUUUAUUAAUGGACUAAAAAUACAAAGUAUUUGAGUAAAAUGAAAAUAGUCAAAAUAUCUAGUGAUACUAAAAUUAGUGAUUUAUUAAAAUAUCAAAUAUAUUUU